AUGUAUACAGUUAUUUCAUCUGCAACAUUGAUGUUGAAAAACAGAACAAAAUUCAUUUACUUUUCUCCUUCUGAAACAUCAUUUACUAUCCCUUCUUCAGUGAGUGAAUUUGGUAAGACAAUGUUUCAAUCAUGUCAAUAUCUUACAUCGAUUGAUGUUGAAACAUCUAGUACUACAUUCUCAGCGGAAGAAGGAAUUGUUUACAACAAAGAUUUCAGCAUUGCAAUUGCAUGCAUUGGAGGUAUAACAUCAGUUACACUUAACUCACGAUGUCAACAAGUCAAAGAUUCUUGUUUCUAUAAAUGUCAUAAACUCACAUCAGUUACUUUGAACGAAGGACUACAAGUACUCGGAUCUAAUGCUUUUUAUGCGGAUAAUUUUACUCAUAUUAAUAUUCCUUCAUCUGUGCAUACUAUUGGUUCUUACUGUUUCUACGGAUCAUCAUUACAAUACAUUACUAUUAAUGGGGAUGGACCUUCAUAUGUUUAUGACAACUGUUUUGUGUGGAGCCAACUAAAAGAGAUACAUCUUGGAAAGAAUCUUAUGUAUCUUGGAUAUAUAGCAUUUUAUCAAUGUUAUUCACUUGAAACAGUGAGUUUCCAUCCAGAUUGCCCUUUAAAUUUUGAAGUCAGCCAAAUUUUCCAAGGAUGUACAAAUUUGAAAACUAUAAAUAUACCUAAAAAUGUUCAAAAGAUUACUGAUAGAUGCUUUGAAGGAACGACAUCAUUAACAAACUUUGUAAUAGAAGAAGGAUCAAAAUUGAGUUAUAUUGAUCAAAUGGCAUUCUCAUCAUCUGGAAUAACAUCGAUUUCAUUUCCAGAAUCAUUGACAUUUAUUGGUGUUAAUGCAUUCCAAUUUCGCCGUAAUCUAGUAGCAGUCACAUUCCCAGAACGAGUUAACUUGACAACAUUUGGUGGUGGUAUCUUCAAAUCGUGCACAUCACUAGUUACUAUCAGGAUUCCUGCAUCAGUAACUUUGUUCGAUGCAUCUUCAUUAGUAUAUUGUUCAAAUCUUGUUUCGAUCAAUGUUUCAACCGAAAACCGAAAUUAUGUUAGCUAUCAAGGAAUUGUAUACACUAUCAACAAAGAGAAACUUGUUUGUUGUCCAGGUGGCAGAAUCUCAGCACUUAUAUACAACUACAUCAUCGUCAUCGGUUCUAACGCAUUAUAUGGAUGCGAGAAACUCGAGAAUCUUACAUUCGAAGAUGGAUGCAAACUCGAAACAAUCGAAGAUGGCACAUUCUUCUCAUGCACAUCAUUGUUGAGAGUCGAUCUUCCAACAUCUCUGCGGACAGUCAAACAGAAUGCAUUCUCAGGAUGCACGAGAUUAUCUAUCAUCACAUUCACAGAUUUCGCACUCGUCAACUUAGAUUCGGACUCAAUAUUCUCAGACUGCACAUCUCUUACGACAUUCACAUUCGGCAAGUUCUGUGCUUUAUCUUCAUUCGGUAACAAUAUAUUCAAGAACUGUGUUAGUCUCACAUCUAUCAACAUUCCUGCGAACUGCACAACGAUUGGUGAUAAUGCAUUCAAGAACUGCAGAUCUCUCUCAAACAUCACAUUCGAGUUCAACUCAAAGAUUUCAUCACUCAGUAACACAGCAUUCGAAGGCUGCACAUCAUUAACAAACUACACAGUUCCUGAUUCAUACAAAGACAUCACAUCAUCAUGUUUUGGUGGUGCUCCUUCAAUCACGACAGUCAACAUACUCCCAAACUUGCAUAUAAACUCUAUUCGUCGAAAUGCGUUCUCAUCAUUCGAUCUUCAUUUCUUCAACAUCGGUUCAAAUACGCGUAUAUCAUAUCUUGAAGAUUCAUCAUUUUCAAACACGAAUAUUGAGACAUUCAGUCUUUACAACGAAGUUACUUUGUCAUCAUAUGUUUUCAGCAACUGCACAAAAUUGAAAACAGUCAACAUUCCUCACAUCACUCAAUCGAUCAGUUCAUCAUCUAAGAAAUUAAAAUCUUCUUCAGACACUAACAAUUAUUACACAAUUCCAACUGGAUUGUUCUGUGGAUGUACAUCUCUUGAGAAAGUCAAUAUCAACACUAAUAUCAACGAAAUCUCAGACUAUGCAUUCACAAACUGUAGAAAUCUUAUUUUCAACAUUCCAUCAUCAGUUGAGCGUAUCGGAGAUUAUGCAUUCACUAACUGCUCUCAUAUCAAGAAAUUCACAUCGAACAUUACAUACAUCGGAAAUUUCUCAUUCACAGGCACAGGCAUUGAUUGUGUCCUUAAAGUUAACAAGAGCACAGAAUACAUCGGAUCUUCAUCAUUCAUCUACACUCCAGUCCGUGUUGUUUACUACUGCGGCGAACGAGACUUCUCUAAGUUCCUUCCUUCUUUCCAAAGCGGAGUUUCUAUUGUUGUCACAUACUUAUAUCCAUCCACUGUUUUCUGUGGAUCUUCUACGCAACACACACCAUCCAACACAUGCAGCGACAUCAUCGAAACAAACAUCGACUUUGCUAUCGGAAUUCAACACCAGAUUAAGAACAAUGUUAAAGCACAAGCAUCACUCUUCUUCAUCUACGAAAUCUCCCUUGGAUUCUGGUAG